GUAAUUAACGCCCGAUCCCUGGUAACCAGGAGCGCAGAGUGCUAUGGAGAACUUCACGGCGCUGUUUGGAGCUCAGACUGACCCCCCACCGCCACCAAGCGCCCUAGGCUUCGGGCCUGGAAAGCCACCCCCGCCACCCCCUCCUCCUCCGGGAGGUGGUCCAGGCACAGCCCAGCCCUCGACGGCGACCUCGGCCCCCGCAGGAGCGGAUAAGUCGACGGCUGGAAGCGGCCCCUUCUACCUGAUGCGGGAAUUGCCAGGCAGCACAGAGCUGACGGGCAGCACCAAUUUAAUCACACACUACAACCUGGAGCAGGCCUAUAAUAAGUUCUGUGGGAAGAAAGUGAAGGAGAAGCUAAGUAACUUCCUGCCUGACCUGCCAGGGAUGAUUGAUCUCCCUGGCUCCCAUGACAACAGCAGCCUCCGCUCCCUCAUUGAGAAGCCUCCUAUUCUUGGUGGCUCUUUUAAUCCAAUCACAGGGACCAUGCUGUCUGGUUUCCGCCUCCACACUGGCCCGUUGCCAGAGCAGUGUCGUCUGAUGCAUAUUCAGCCACCCAAGAAGAAGAAUAAGCAUAAGCACAAACAGAGCCGUACCCAAGAUCCUGUUCCCCCAGAAACACCAUCUGAUUCAGAUCACAAGAAGAAGAAAAAGAAGAAAGAGGAGGAUCCUGAACGAAAAAGGAAGAAGAAAGAAAAGAAGAAGAAAAAGAACCGACAUAGUCCAGACCACCCAGGUAUGGGCAGCUCUCAAGCCAGCAGCAGUAGCAGCCUCCGCUAAUAGGACUACUGGAUUUGGCCAAGGAUGGCUUUCCUGUGACACUGAACCUGCUGAUAAAAACUUGUCUUCCAGGCACUUGGACCCUGUUGUGGGGGCAUCCAACAGCUGGAGGGGGGCCAGCCCCUGCGGUGCAUGUGACUAAUAUACUUUAGGGAAGGGCCAUGCUUUUUUAUGGUUUAGUCCAAUUGGCAUUUUCAUGGAUAUCCUUUUUAUAAGAAGCUGUUUUUUUUUUUUUUCCCCUCUUUUGUGCAAUUUGAUUCCAGGACUUCAGUGUUUUAUAUUGUUUUAAAGCGUGUUUAACAAACUGACCAGUAUGGCUCCUUUUAAGAGGCAAGUGCCAUUCCAUUUGAAUCAAAGUUUAGGACAAGGCACUAAGAUGCAAGAGAUUUUGGAUCUUGCCAUCACAUUUCCUUGGCAGGCUGGAAAAUCAAAAUGAGAAUAGAGGCCAUGGUUUGAUACUAUUUUCCUACCAUAGACACAAAAUACUUUGCUGAUUAUCCUCAGAGCAGAGUACAUGGAUGAUCUUCACCUUUCACCUGGAAAGUUGGCUCAAAUAAGUUUUAUAUCUGUGUUUAUGUACCACAGGGAACUGGUGAGCCACAAUCACCAGUAUAUUUUAGCAGAGAAACCAAUUAGUAUUUGUCUCAUUAUGCUCCCACCUUUUUCUGGGGCCUGACCCUUAAGACUUGUGUAUACUAGGCAAGUUUUAUCUUUUCCUUUCCCUCUCCUGACUUUUUUUCCCCUACAUACUUUUUAAAUAAACCUCUGGCAAGAAGUUUAAUGCUGGAUUUGGUUGUUUUGAAAAAGUUUUGAGUUUGGAUUUUGUUUUUGUUUUUUUGUGGGUUUUUUUGUUUUGUUUUGACACAUCACACUAUGCAACCUUGGCUGGCUAUGAACACUAGGCUGGCCCCAAGCUUGAGAGACCCAUCUGCCUCUACCCACUAAGUUCUGGGAUCAAAGGCAUACCCCACCAUGCUUAGCUGUUUUUACUUUCAAAAGAGGAAACUAAGGAAUAGCAAGAGAUUCAACAGACAGGAUGUUUUUGUUAUGAAAAGCUAGGUUUUUCUCACCCAGCAGGGCAUUUAAUUUGAUAGCCAGAAUAAAAACAGAACCAGAGAAUGAGGUUUCUCUUUUGACUCCCGUAAGACCAUUCACCCUGUCUUAACCAGACAAAACACAAGUCAGGGGGAACUGGUUAGAUCAGGAUUUAUUUUAUUCCUUGUUGGUUUAAAAUGGCUAAUCAGAAUAAAAAAAUUAAAGGGUCUCUGUA